UUGUGCGUUCGUGAACGUCAGGGUUGAGACCGGUAUUUAAGAGACAAAUAGUUGUAAUUAAAUCAAGUACGUGUUUACGUGGGCGUUAGUUCGACUAUAAUUUCAUUUACACUCGUAAAGGGUAGUUCUGAAAUUAGGGAAAAUGUCGAAGCCAGACGAAAAUGUAGACACAGGGGACACGGGAGAAAAUUCGAAUGGAUCUUCGGCAGAGACCACGUCGUCUCGUGGUGGUGACUUCGAAACAAAGCUUGAAACUGAUCGAAGUAAGAGAUUCGAUUAUUUACUAAAACAGACUGAAAUAUUCUCCCAUUUUAUGACGAACAAUCAGAAGGAUAAAGCUGGAAGUCCUUUGAAAGUCAAAGCUGGCAGGCCCAGAAAACAACCAGCAGAAGCUCCUGUGAAAGUCGAUCUCAUUGAUCACAGGCACCGUAAGACAGAACAAGAAGAAGACGAGGAGUUAUUAGCAGAGAGUAACGCCAAUGUUGCGACUACAACACGUUUUGAAUCGUCACCACACUACAUUAAAUCUGGUGAGUUACGAGAUUAUCAAAUACGAGGUUUAAAUUGGAUGAUAUCCUUGUACGAACACGGUAUCAAUGGUAUCUUAGCAGAUGAAAUGGGUCUUGGUAAAACUCUACAGACUAUUUCUUUGCUCGGAUAUAUGAAACACUUCAGAAACAUUCCGGGUCCGCAUAUAGUUAUAGUUCCAAAGUCCACUUUGGCUAAUUGGAUGAACGAAUUUAAGAAAUGGUGUCCUACGCUAAGAGCAGUUUGUCUCAUAGGAGACGCAGAAACUAGAAAUACCUUUAUUAGAGAUGUUAUGAUGCCCGGAGAAUGGGAUGUUUGCGUAACAUCUUACGAGAUGGUCAUAAAAGAAAAGUCUGUAUUUAAAAAGUUCAACUGGCGUUAUAUGGUAAUAGAUGAGGCUCAUAGGAUAAAGAAUGAAAAGUCAAAACUAUCAGAGAUACUGCGAGAAUUUAAAACAGCUAAUCGUCUAUUAUUAACUGGAACACCUCUGCAGAAUAACCUCCAUGAAUUGUGGUCCUUGCUCAAUUUUCUAUUGCCAGAUGUGUUUAAUAGUUCAGACGAUUUUGACUCUUGGUUUAAUACCAACAGUUUCUUAGGUGAUAAUUCGUUAGUCGAGAGAUUGCAUGCAGUUCUUCGACCAUUCCUUUUGAGACGUUUAAAAUCUGAAGUUGAGAAAGGUCUUAAACCAAAAAAAGAAAUCAAGGUGUACAUUGGUCUUAGUAAAAUGCAAAGAGAAUGGUACACUAAAGUGCUCAUGAAAGACAUAGACAUAGUUAACGGCGCUGGAAAAAUUGAAAAAAUGAGGCUACAAAAUAUUUUGAUGCAAUUGCGCAAAUGUUGUAACCAUCCAUAUUUGUUUGAUGGCGCAGAACCUGGACCUCCUUAUACAACCGAUGAACAUCUGGUUUAUAAUUGUGGCAAAAUGGUGAUUUUGGACAAAUUAUUGCCAAAAUUGCAACAGCAAGAAUCACGAGUUCUUGUAUUUAGUCAAAUGACGAGAAUGUUGGAUAUUUUAGAAGACUAUUGUCACUGGCGAUGUUUUCAAUACUGUCGUUUAGAUGGUAAUACAGCACACGAGGAUAGGCAACGUCAAAUCAAUGAAUAUAAUGCACCUGGAAGUGAGAAAUUCAUUUUCAUGUUGUCAACUCGUGCUGGAGGUUUAGGUAUAAAUUUAGCAACAGCUGAUGUAGUUAUUAUUUAUGACUCUGAUUGGAAUCCACAGAUGGAUUUGCAAGCAAUGGAUCGGGCUCAUCGUAUAGGUCAACAAAAGCAAGUUCGUGUAUUCAGGUUUAUUACAGAAAAUACUGUAGAAGAAAAGAUUGUUGAGCGUGCCGAAGUUAAAUUGCGUUUAGAUAAGUUAGUUAUCCAACAAGGGCGGUUAGUUGAUGCAAAGCAAACAGCACUGAAUAAAGACGAAAUGCUGAAUAUGAUCAGGCACGGUGCAAACGAAGUAUUUGCAUCUAAAGAUAGUGCUAUCACGGAUGAAGAUAUAGAUACUAUUCUACAAAAGGGCGAAGCGAAAACCGAGGAGAUGAAACAGAAACUUGAAAGUCUGGGAGAAUCGUCGCUGCGUAACUUCACCGUGGACGCACCUACAGAUUCGGUGUAUCAGUUCGAGGGCGAGGACUAUCGUGAAAAACAAAAAAUUCUCGGGCUCGGCAACUGGAUAGAACCGCCAAAACGAGAACGAAAAGCUAAUUAUGCAGUUGACGCUUACUUCAGGGAAGCUCUUAGAGUAUCUGAACCGAAAGCUCCGAAAGCACCCAGACCUCCGAAACAGCCAAUAGUUCAAGACUUCCAGUUCUUCCCGCCACGAUUAUUUGAGUUACUCGAUCAAGAAAUUUAUUACUUCCGUCAAACCGUAGGAUACAAAGUUCCAAAGAAUCCUGAACUUGGGUCCGACGCAGCCAGAAUUCAAAAAGAAGAGCAGCGUAAGAUAGACGAGGCUCAACCGUUGUCCGACGAAGAAAUUGUGGAAAAGGAGAAAUUGCUCACUCAAGGCUUCACGAAUUGGACGAAAAGAGAUUUUAAUCAGUUUAUAAAGGCGAACGAAAAGUACGGUCGUGACGAUAUCGAGAAUAUUGCCAAGGAAGUGGAAGGAAAAACGCCAGAAGAGGUGAUGGAGUACUCUGCAGUUUUUUGGGAACGUUGCCACGAGUUGCAGGACAUUGACAGGGUUAUGGCUCAAAUCGAACGCGGAGAGGCGAAGAUACAAAGACGAGCUGGAAUUAAGAAAGCCUUAGAUGCCAAGAUGGCAAGGUAUCGUGCACCGUUUCAUCAGUUGAGGAUAGCUUACGGGACGAAUAAGGGAAAGAAUUACACCGAAGAAGAGGAUCGUUUCCUUGUGUGCAUGCUACACAAAUUGGGCUUCGAUAAGGAAAAUGUUUACGAGGAGCUACGAGCUACGGUCAGAUCAGCGCCGCAAUUCCGUUUCGAUUGGUUCGUCAAGUCGCGCACGGCUUUGGAAUUGCAACGACGAUGCAAUACUUUGAUUACAUUGAUAGAACGCGAGAACCAAGAACUCGAGGAGCGGGAAAGACAAGAGAGGCGAAAAAAGGGCGGCAGCAUAGGUGCAAAACCAGCGUCCAAGCGAAAACAAGAGAAUUUACCAGCGCCACAGGACAAGCCUCGAAAAAAGAAGAAAUAAACAUCACACUGUGAAACGUUUUUCGACCGUUUUUUCGUUUUUUCGUUUUUUAAAGAGCACGGACUUGACUACAACAAUUCUCUUUAUUCGUUCAUCAUUCAUUUUUCUUCGAGACAUUAACAAUACCAUCGUUCGAGUUCAGGUGAAUAUUCGUCGCAGUUUUAACCUUGUCUCAUUCUCUGCGAAUGAAGUUCUUUAGUACAAUUAUCGUCCUUCCACGAGAAGAAGGCACGGCGUGUUUACAUCCCCAUUCUUGCUGCAGUCCGCUGAUUGGCUGUCACCGAUCUUCGUCACCGUUUUCGACCAAUACCUG